AUGAUAAAGAAAAACUACACAUUGGUGACUGAGUUUAUCCUCCUGGGAUUGACAGACCAAGUCGAAUUGCAGCCUGUUCUUUUUGUGAUCUUCCUGGGCAUCUACCUCCUCACAGUCAUUGGCAAUGUGAGCUUGAUUUUUCUCAUCAGAAGCGACUCAGCACUUCACAAGCCAAUGUACUUCUUCCUCAGUCAUCUCUCCUUUGUCGAUCUGUGCUAUGCCACCAAUGUCACUCCUCAGAUGCUGGUUCAUUUCUUAUCCAAGAGAAAAAUCAUUUCCUUCACAGGAUGCUUUAUACAAUUCCACUUUUUCAUUGCCCUGGUUAUCACAGAUUACUAUAUGCUCACUGUGAUGGCCUAUGACCGCUACGUGGCCAUCUGCAAACCUUUGCUCUAUAGUAGUAAGAUGUCCCGCAAUGUCUGUCUUUCUCUGGUUGCUGCUCCUUAUAUCUAUGGCUUUGCGAAUGGUCUGGUUCAAACCAUCCUGAUGCUUCGCCUCACCUUCUGUGGACCAAAUGAAAUCAACCACUUUUACUGUGCAGACCCACCCCUCUUAGUCCUUGCCUGUUCAGACACUUAUGUCAAAGAAAUCGCAAUGUUCGUGGUGGCUGGUUCCAAUCUCACCUGUUCUCUCACCAUCAUCCUUAUCUCCUAUGUCUUCAUUUUCUCCACCAUUUUGCGUAUGCGUUCUGCCGAGGGGAGGCGCAAGGCCUUUUCCACCUGUGGGUCCCAUCUGACAGCUGUCACUGUCUUUUAUGGGACACUCUUCUGUAUGUAUCUGAGGCCCCUUUCUGAGUCAUCUGUGGAGCAGGGGAAAAUUGUAGCAGUUUUUUAUAUAUUUUUGAGUCCUAUGUUAAAUCCUUUGAUCUAUAGCCUGAGGAACAGAGAUGUCAAGAGAGCAAUCACUAAAGCCAUUCAUCAGAAAUUGUUUUCUAAAUAA